AUGGCGGCGGCCACCGUGGCUCGGCUAGGACUCCGGGCAGUCAAGGAGGUUCGGGUUCAGUUCUGCCCCUUCGAGAACCUUGGUCUAUGAGGAGACGGACAUCGCCUGAUUAUGCGCGGCGCCCACCUCACCGCCCAAGAAAUGCUCACUGCCUUCACCUCCCACAUCCUGGCCCGGAGCGCAGCGGGGAGCGGGGACAACCCUGGCAUUGAUGCGGGCUGCUGA